AUGGCAUUCAUCCUUACACCUGGUAGGUUACAAUUAUAGUUUACAUUUCAAUUAAAGUAAUACAAUUUUGAAUAAAAACUAAUAAAAUUGUUGCUAGUAAUAAUGCAAUUGUCAAGAUCGAGUCAAUAAACUCUUUUGAGAUUGUGUUUCCAACAAAAGAAGCACAUUUCCUUCGAAUUGCUCGUAAAUAAUUCGCAGAGACAAGGGCGAGCUGCGCCCGAAAUUAUAAAAGAUUGCGCUCGGCGCCGAAGAUUGAUAAGAGUUUCGACAGAACCUGUAAAUAGGAGUGAUAACAAGAAACUUUUCGUUUUAUUCUGCACGAAAACAAUAUUACUAUCAAAUUUUUGGUCGCUUUGACUAGUUUCAUUACGACUAUUGUCAAAAAUUUUUAAAUAGUUGUAUGAGUCCACUUAUAAAGAGGUCUAAACAAGGUCAUGAUUGAGAUUUAGAACUUCUUUUACACGAUUUGAUUGACUUUUACUUACAAAACUGGUCGGUUUCUCUCAAAUUUCCAAAACGAAUUUAUCCUCGGGCGCAGCUUGCCAUUGGCCAAACAAUUCGCGGCCGAAACUUCUUGGCCAAGAAACAUUUUUCCGUGAAAAGUCGGAGAAUUUCCUUCAUCUGAAUGUAAAUUCUAGAACGAGAUCUACAAACUAUGAACGGACUCCAUCUAAAUGGCCAGGACAGUCUAGUCCAACCUCUUCUCAUGGAUUUUUAUCAACUGAACAUGUGUUAUGGCUAUUGGAAGAGUGGAACACAUCUCGAUCUUGCAUGCUUUGACCUGUUCUUCCGUAAGAAUCCGUUCGGAGGGGAGUUCACGGUGUUUGCCGGUCUCGAGGAUUGUCUUCGCUUCACUCAAAGCUUCAGAUUCUCAAAAUCAGGCAAGUCUAACAAAAUGAAAUGGUUCAAAACAGUGUUUAUUCUUAACAUGUGGUUACAAGCUCUUUUUCUCUUUUUUAAUUUACCCCUUAACCACGCGUUUUUCUUUUCAGAUAUGGAUUUCAUCAAGGAGAAGGUCCCUCAUGCCGAACCGGCCUUUUUUGAGUACCUGGAGAAGCUGGAUUGUAGUGAAUUGAAGAUCUAUGCGAUCAAAGAAGGGACCGUUGUCUUCCCAAGAGUGCCAUUACUGACAGUGGAAGGACCUUUGGCUCUCUGUCAAUUGCUGGAGACCAUCUUUUUGAAUUUGGUCAAUUAUGCCUCUCUGGUUGCCACAAAUGCUGCGAGAUUUAGACAGGCAGGUUUAAUAUGGAUUACAUGCCUUGUUGACUAUGAUUUAUGUAAUUGUUUUCUUAUUUUUUAACGAAAAUUUAUAUAAUACAUGUUCAGGUAGCAGGCGAACGAGUUGAACUUCUUGAAUUUGGUCUUCGCCGCGCUCAGGGGCCCAACGGGGGUCUUUCUGCAAGUAAAUACUGUUAUGCGGGAGGAUUUGACGCAACUUCCAACCUCUUGGCAGGCAAAUUGUUUGGAAUCCCGGUGAAAGGAACCCAAGCCCAUUCGUUUAUCUCUUCAUUUGGAUGUGAAGAAGACCUCCAAAACAAAAUGCUGAAGGCCAAGGAUGGCUCCAGAUGUGUGGACUUGCUCCAAUUAAGUCAACAGAAGAUUAAGAUGCUCAUGGAUAAGGUGAGUUGAUGCAAAAAUCUUAUUUCCCUUUAUAUCUUUCCAUUUCCAAUCUUCUGAUCGUUUCUCAGAUUGAUCGACACACUUUGGUGGGUUACUGUAACUUUAUCUUUACAGUUUUCUGAAUAGUUCUGUUGUCGUUUGAUCUCUUUUUGUCCUCUUUGGUUACUGUAGUGUCACGUUUAGUAUUAUAAUGCGAUUAUUGCAGAUUGAAUGGGGAAUCUCGCAAGCUGAAAUCUCUGUAGGAGAGUUGGUGGCCUUCUGUGCAUAUGCGAUCGCCUUUCCCAACACCUUCCUCGCUCUCAUCGAUACUUAUGAUGUCUUGAGGCAAGUCAAUAUAAUGAAUACAGAUUUUGCGACCGAUAGUUGUUAAAAUUUGUUUUCUGAUUAAUUAUUAUUUUAGAAGUGGUGCGAUCAACUUCUGUGCCGUCGCCUUGGCCAUGCACGAUCUCGGAUACCGAGUUCUUGGCUGCAGAAUCGACUCCGGUGACUUGUCUUAUCUCUCCAAGGAAAUCCGCUCCCGGUUCAAGAAGAUUGCCGCGUUAGAUCCUAAACAACUCCAAUGGGUCGCUCAUUUGACUAUCGUAGCAUCAAAUGAUAUUAAUGAAGAGACGAUUGUGUCCCUGAAUGAACAGCAACACGAGAUCAAUUCGUUUGGAGUGGGCACCCAUUUGGUCACAUGUCAGCGACAACCAGCUUUGGGAUGCGUUUAUAAGGUAUUUAAAGGGCUGUGUUUAUAGACUAUGUACUUUAGAUAAUUCCAUUUUGACUAUAUUUGGUAAUACAGGGUGUUUCAAGAAAUUUGGAACAAAUGAUUUGCUUAUAUCUUUGUGUUCUUUGCAGCUAUCAACGAAUUUCUUUUUGCUUCUAAAAAUUGACAGCGUGCGUUUUUAGAAUCUCAAAAAAAAAUUUUUUUCGUCGGCGGAGGGCCCAUUUCUCGGCGGAGAAAAUUAGGGCCUUUUUUAAAAAAUCACAGCGUAUUACGUGGCGGAAACGCCGUUGCAACGGCUGAAAUCAAGUUUACGUUACACCUCCGUCGAUUUUACGGUAUGCAUUUUUUUGUUUUCGAUUUUACGCGCACCGCGGAGGCGCGACGGAGACUUCAGAUUUCGGCGGACGUUGUUUUGGGCCUUCGGCUGUUGCAAUUCAUGUUGGAAAAGAACUUGGGGUGAUUUUUUGUUGUCAUCCGAUGCACAAAUGGCAAAAAUUUCGUGCUUUUUUUCCCCGGCGGAGGAUUCGGCGGAGGCUUUAUCAAAGGGUCAAAGCUGUCUUACGAGUCCGGGAAAAAUCUCAGCUACAAGAAUCCAUCAGAGCAGCAUUGUCUUUCAAAGAUUUUUGAUUUUUUUGGUCCGGCGGACAAAUCGGCGGAGUUUUGUUUUUACCCUUUGAUAAAGCCUCCGCCGACUCCUCCGCCGGGGAUAAAAAGCACGAAAUUUUUGCCAUCUGUGCAUUGGAUGACAACAAAAAAUCACCCCAACCUCUUUUCCAACAUGAAUUGCAAUAGCCAAAGGCGCAAAACAACGUCCGCCGAAAUCUGAGGUCUCCGCCGCGCAUCCGCAAAAGUGCGUAAAAUCGAAAACGCAAAAAAAGCAUACCGUAAAAUCGAUGGAGGUAUUACGUAAACUACAUUUCAGCCGUUGCAACGGCGUUUCCGCCACGUAAUACGCUGUGAUUUUUUAAAAAAGGCCCUAAUUUUCUCCGCCGAGAAAUGGGCCCUCCGCCGACGAAAAAAAUUUUUUUUUGAGAUUCUAAAAACGCACGCUGUCAAUUUUUAGAAGCAAAAAGAAAUUCGUUGAUAGCUGCAAAGAACACAAAGAUAUAAGCAAAUCAUUUGUUCCAAAUUUCUUGAAACACCCUGUAAUUUUGUAUAUUUUUAGCUGGUAACAAAAAGUGGAAUGCCCAAGAUUAAGCUGAGUCAAGAUGUCGUCAAAGUCACAAUUCCAGGCCGAAAACAAUGCUACCGACUCUACGGAAAGGCUGGCUUUGCCAUAUUGGACUUGAUGCUGACUGAGGAUGAGCCUGCCCCCAAGGCGAAUACCAACAUUUUAUGUCGACAUCCAUUCGAGGAGAGCAAGAGGGCGAUGGUGAUCCCAGCGAAAGUCGAGAAACUUCAAUUGGAGUUCUGGGAUGGGAAAGAAAUCAUCCAACCUCUGCCGACCUUGGAUAAGAUAAGGCAACAUGUCCACGAAAGCAUCUCUGAUCUGAGAGGAGACCACAAGAGAAUACUCAAUCCAACACCUUAUAAGGUAAAGUGUACUGAAUGUCAUGUGGAUAAGGUGACUAUUGUCAAUUUGUCUGAUGUGAUUAAUGUUAUACGUGAAGAAUUUAUGAUCUUUUUCAGGUUUCCGUAUCAGAACGAUUGUAUAACUUCCUGCACACACUAUGGCUUCAAAACGCACCAGUUGGCCAACUGGAAUAG